AUGGCUGAGCCCAGCCAGAGCCAGCCCCAGGAGAGCAGCAGUUUGCAGAGGAAGAAACCUCCAUGGCUCAGAGUGGACAUCCCCCCACAGCUGUCCCUGGAUGAGCACUUAACAUUCAUACAGGUAUGAUGAAACACCUCUCACUCACACUCACAUCUUACAUUACAGAUACAAUGCAACUGCAUAGACACUGAAAACACACUUACAAAGGUACAACACACACAAUACAUACAGUUACUGUAAUGUGGCCUACAUACAGGUACAGUUACUGUAACCUGGCCUACAUACAGGUACAGUUACUGUAAUGUGGCCUACAUACAGAUACAGUUACAGUAAUGUGGCCUACAUACAGGUACAGUUACUGUAAUCUGGCCUACAUACAGGUACAGUUACUGUAAUCUGGCCUAAAUACAGGUUCAAUAGAUGCAUUGCAAGCGUACAAUAGACACCAGCUACAGUAAAUCCACUGAGCUAUUGAGGAGCAAUAUCUUUUUGUUGUCUGGUGUGUGUUGCAGCCGGUCAAGAGGCAGGGGUUCCUGCGCAGUGUGAGCAUGCCCGGUGAGAACACACAAUCAGGCAUUGCAACCUUUGACCCCAGCAAUUAUCUCCGACCCCCUCUGCAGCGCCAGCCCUCCAUCACAGAGACCAUCAAGAGGUGAGACACCACACACAAUGCGUGUAUCACACACCACAACAUCCACUCUCCUUGCUUAACUGCUUACUACUACUGCAUGCCCUGAAUAUAUUUUCUAAACCCGGACUUUACUGUCUCUCCUUCCUCUUCUUCCAGCUGAUCUGAACUCUUUUUAUUGAUAUUUUUCCUUUUCUCUCUUUUAUUUCCCACUCUCCCUCCUUUCUCUUUGUGCUUUCCUCCUUUCUCCUGCUCUGCCUACCUGCCUCCCCCCCGUCUGGUGUGUGUGUGUAGUAAGAAGAGGGUGCAUUUCAAGCGGGUCAACACGGUCCCUCCUAAGGGCCAGAGGGGCCCCCGACGGGUGUCUGUACUCCGCAGGCGCUCCUGUGUCCCCAAACUGGUCACCCGGCGCUGCUCGUCCAUCUCCAAACAAAUCAUCAAGUAAGAGAGAGAGAGGUAGGAGGGAGGGGGAGAGAUAGAGAGGAAGGAGGGAGUGGAAGAGAGAGGGAGAAUGGGGUUAUGAUUAGAAUAUAGGUUAUUCUUUAGGUUUGUUGCCGGCUUUUUUCCUCCGCCCUUCUUUUCUUUCUCUUCUCUCUUCUUUCUUCUUUUUCUCUCUCUCUUUCCUCUUUCUUUUUCCUCCUCCUCUUCCACCUACCCCGUUCCUUAGAUUAAGAUCAUGUGUCAAUACCGUUUUAGAAUCCCUUGAAGGUAUCACAUGACCUGUGACUGAGGAGGAAUCCCUUGAAGGUCUCUCUCUCUCUCUCUCUCUCUCUCUCUCUCUCUCCUCCUCUCACCUCUCCCCCCUCUCUUCUCCCUCCCUCGUCUCUCCUCUCUCCUCUCCUCUCUCCUCUCUCCAACCUUGAAGGGUUUGGUGUGAGGUGGGGACCCCAGGUGCGGUCAGGUGGAGAGAAGGAGAGAGAGAGAGAGAGAGAGAGAGAGGAGAGGAGUAGGAGAGAGGAGUCCAUCUCUCUUUAUGAAGACCCCCUUUGUCUCAGCUAUCUGACACAGAGAGAGAGAGAGAGAGAGAGAGAGAGAGAGAGGUCAAGGAAGAACAAGAGAGAGAUAGAGAAAGGGGGAGAGGUGUGUAAAAGUGUGUUAGGAAGGUGGGAAAAGAGAUUCAUAGAGAGCAGAUCUGUAGAUCUGUUGUCCAUUCCCACUGAGGAUCAGGCAGCUGGAGAGAGAAGGUGGGAAGAGCUCACAACCUCAAGUUUAGAAUUGAAUUAAAGGAAUAUUAGAGAGAGAAGACAGUUUUGAGGAGAACUAGAUACUGAAUACUUUUAAGCGUAGUAGACGGAUCACAGAUCAUAGCCUGGAGAUUAGGGAACUGAAGAGAUCCCUGGAGGAGAUACAGACGAGAAGAUCACACUGCGUUAAGUUGCUCUCAAGUUCAGAGAGCAAAUCUAAUUCUGUUGAAUUCAAAGUCUGUUGGAUUGCAUCUCAAAGUGCGCAGUGCUGCAGGAGAAAGACAAUUAUUUAGGAGUCACACUGGAGGUCAGCCAGCAAUGGCUUCUAGACAACACAUUCUCCUAGUGUGAUUAUUUGGUCUGAGUAUCAUCAACUUUGCCAGGCCGUUUGGUUAACCGUCUCCGGGAAGAACAAACUACUAAAUGGAAGUACAUUUCACAUCAGCACCCAGUGGAUGUAUAGCAGCGCUCAGCCUCAAUUGACCCUUGAUUGUUCUCAGCAGCUGUGAACCAGAGGUUUGCGUGGGGUCAGAGGUUGGACAGGGGUUAGGGGUGAGACCAGGACAGUAUGUGGUUGUGGCUCCAGCCUGCGGCACUCUGGUGUGAGGCCUGCAGGCAUGACACUCUGCCUCCUGGGACUGGGACUGACUUGACAGUUAUGGGGCAUUGGUGUGGGGCGGAUGCUGGAUAGUCCCAGGAAGAACUAUGGGAAGAGUGGUGAGAGGUACGUUUAGUCCUGAUUGGAAGGGAAGGGUUGGUGUGGUGGUGGUGUGGGGUGGGUGGGGGUGGUUUAUGGUGGUGUUGGGAUGGGUUUUUUUUUUUUUUUUUUUUUUUUUCUUUUUGGUUUUUUUUUUUUUUUUUUUUGUUUUUUUUGGUUUUUUUUUUUUUUAUUUUUUUUUUGUUUUUGUUUUUUUUUUUUUUUUUUUUUUUUUUUUUUUGUUUUUUUUUCUUCUUUUUUUUUUUUUUUUAUUUUUUUUUUUGUUUGGGUUUUUUUUUUUUUUUUUGUUUUUUUUUUUUUUAUUUUUUUUUUUUUUUGGGGGGUUUUUUUUUUGGGGGUUUUUUGUUUUAUUUGGGGGUGUUUUUGGUUUUUUUUUUUUUUUUUAGUUUUUUUGGGUUUUUUUUGAUUUUUUAAAAUUUAAAAAGCCUAUGCUUUUAUUUAAGGAUUUUUAACCCUUUUUUUUUCCAAUAAAUUUUUUUUAAGGGUUUUUUUUGUCUUUUUAUUGGUUAUUAUUUAUUUUUUUUACUGUAUAGCUUUGUUUGGAUGAUUUUAUUGUGUUCCCCAAUGGUUUAAAUGGGAGCCUAAGUGAUACCUUUUAAGGGGUUUUUCUUUUUCUCCCUUUCUUUGUGGGGGGUUUUUUUUGUAUUCUUCCCAUUGGGGCAUUUUUUUAUUUUUUUUUGAAUUUUUUUUGGUUCAAAAAUUUAUUGGUUUUUUUUUUCUGUUGCCUUGGAGACUGUUACUAAAAUUUUGUUGUUUUUAUUUUUUGGGGGGGUUUUUUUAAAAGAGGGGGCCCCCGUAAAAAAUUUUUUUUUUUUUUUUUUUUAAAUUUUUUUUUUUGUUUUUUUUUUUUUUUUGUUUUUUAAAUUUUUGUUUUUUCCUGUAAAAUUUAAAAGUUUUUUUUUUUUGGUGAAUUUUUUUUUUAAAAAGGGGUUUUUUUUAUUUUUAAAUUUUUUUAAAAAAGGUUUUUUUUUUUUUGUGUUUUUUUGUGAGGGGGUUUUUUUUUUUUUUUUUUUUUUUUUUUUUUUUUUUUUUUUUUUAAAAUUUUGGUUUUUUUUUUUUUUUGUUAACUUAAAAGGCCUUUUCGUUUAUUUGCAAGUUGAGAGAUGCUUGUUUUUACGAUGUUAGGUUCUGCAAAGUGACUAACAUGUAAUAGAACAAGGCCCUGAUAGCACUGAUCAGUGUGAUGUAAAUAAGGACGUUCAACCCUCACUAAAUGUCUCUCCCAAAGCUACGCAUUUCUUGCAAGGGAACAGUCCUUUGUCAGUAUGCCUCUGGUAGUGGAAUAAUAGCAGUAGCUUCUGGCUCUACUGGCUAUAGCUGUUGAUUUGGAUGAUCUCUGAUGAUGUGCCAUUCCCAGAAUGGUUGUCAAAGUGGUAGCAUAAGUGGAUAUCCUUUAUAGGGCAGUAUUUUCUUUUUGCAUCUUUGUCUUUCUUUGAGUGGCAGAUUUAUAGCUUUUUGUAUAAAUAGCUAAGCUUCCCAAUAUGAGGUAGGCAAUGACUGUGAAUGUUAGAGCACACUGUGUGCCCCAGCCAACCCUACCUUGAGGAUAUCAAAAGCCUAUUGAUGUGGGCUGAUGUAGUUUCAAUCGUUGCCGCUUGGCAGACUGGUGUACUCAUGAACCAGUUGUUGUUGUGUUAUUUAGUUUGGGUGUGACUGUGACACACAGAGGGCUGCACACACACACGUCCACACACUCAAACGCAAGUAGCUCUCACAGUCUCGCGUCAGAAUUAUACAUUCAUCCAUGUUUCUCAAACAUUCAAUUUCUAAGUUAUUCCAAACAUCACAUUUUGAAGUUGCUCCAAAUGUAACAUUUCAAAGUGUUUAAGUUUAAGUUUAGGCAUGAACUCCACAUUUUUAAAAUUAGGGUUAAAUUUACAUUUACAUUUUACAUUUACAUCAUUUAUCAGACGCUCUUAUCCAGAACGACUUACAAAUUGGUGCAUUCAACUUAUGAUAGCCAGUGGGACAACCAACCCUCCUAAACCCUCCCAACCCAAACCUGUGACCCCUCUUAAAACAUUCCUGCCUCCCGGGAGGACGAAUUAGUGUGGCACCUCCCUCCCUCUCUCCCGUGUCAGUGUGCAGCCUUAAAAGGCUUCCCCAGCUGGCUGGUUUCUCUCUAAUGAUGGAGAUUGUGUUAUUAUUGAGUGUCCUCUACUCCCCGACCCACAUCCUGCUUCUUCACAGAACACUUCUUCUAUCCUCUCUGAGACACUCCUACAAACACAGAUGUUCACCAGGGGCCUGGUCAUCUGCCCAGGACUAACAGAGAACAUCAGCUCAUUCAUAUAUGCAAGAAUGAAGAAGAAUGAGGACUGUAGUCUGGAUUCACCUGUUUGUCACUGGGUUUUAUGAGUGUGUGAACGUGCGCAUGUGCUUGCGUGAGUACAUGCGUGUGUGUCCAUGCAUUAGGGUUUUAGUGUGUGUGUCUGAGCAUGGUUUUGUGUGAGUGGCAUGUCAAGGCACAUAUUUGUCAACUGGAGUUGACUUCCUCUCUGUGUGAGUAGAACUGAUGUAAUCCUGCUGUACUCUGUCAUCGUUUGACUGAGUGUUGACGCACAACACUAAUGCCCUGGCCUGGUCAGUCCCUCCAAAUGUCUCAGGCUUUACACUGGGUCAGAGUUUGAAACUGUGGGGUCAGAGGGAGUAGGGGAACACUCACAUGGUGAUAUCCUAAUCCAAAUGUCAAAUGACCACGUUCAAUAUACAAAUAAACUACAAACCCACUGCCAUGCCUGGGUUGCUAUUAUAAUCUGUUUCUGUCUUUUCUGUACACUCUCUGAAAAGAAAAGAGCUCACACUCAACCCAAAUACUGUCUCGUAGACAGAGUGUUUGUUUAGUGCCAUUUCUCUUUUAACUCAAUUUAAACUGUUAUAACUGACUAUUACUAACCAAGGACAUCCCUGAACUGAGACUCACCUUGAUCUAACCUCCUUCUCUGUCCCCUCAGGGGCACGGCAGACUGGUUCGGGGUCAGUAAGGAAAACGACAGCACCCAGCGAUGGCGGAGGAAGAGCCUGCAGCACUGCAACCUGCGCUACGGCCGUCUCAAGGCCCAGGUGAUGAGGGAGAUGGAGCUGUCCAGCCAGGACAACCUGUCUCUAACCAGCACUGAGACCCCACCACCCCUCUACCUCCCCCCACACCACCACCACCACCCCUAUGGCAUGCAGAGGGUAUGGCAGCGCCGCCCACAGACAGACGUUCAUAGACUGUCUUUCUUUCUCUUACCAUACAUCUGUGCAUGUGUCAUGUGUUGUGUUUUGAUGAAGGUGAUGUGUAGUGUUUCUUUACCCAAUAUCAAUCCUAUAUGCCUCCCUUGGGAACAAUGACGUUAUUCAAUACAAUUCAAUAUAGAUAUCAGAAUUUAUAUUUCGCUUAUUUCGGGUGAUAUAGUUCCUAUGUGAUGUGUAUUAAUACAUGGAGUAAUGCAACUAUUAUAGGUCAAUCACUAUGGUAACCUGCGUAUUGAUAUGACUGUGAACUUGACCUGUCAUGUAGCCACUUAGCAUGUGAGUUCACCACUAAAUAACCUAAAAUAAUAUACUUGCCUCCGUGCUGUUUACUACAGCAUUGGACAAUACAGUGUCUGCCUCUGUGUGUGUGUGUGUGUGUGUGUAGAUUGUGGACCCCCUGGCGCGGGGCCGUGCGUUCCGCCUGGUGAUGGAGGUAGAUGGUUACAGCGUACCCCAGACCCCCAUCACCCCUGGUGCCACCUCACUCUGCUCCUUCUCCAGCUCGCGCUCCGCACUCAACAAGUUACCACGUAGACGCAAACGAGAGUCCGUUGCUGUCAUGAGCUUCAAGGCCACCGCCGCGCUGGUCAAGGUGUGUGUUGCACAGACAGUGAGACAGAGGCGAAGAUCAGAGUGUGUGUGGUCUGUUAUCCAGUAGAGUAUUGUGUAUUCUAUAACUGGAACAUUGAACGAUGCAGGGCUAAUCCCGCCUCCAGAGGUCAACUAUAAUAACUAUAAUGGCCACUGUUCACAGCUGGUUGUCAGAAGUCAGAGAGGACAAUAAUUUGUGUUGUCUGGUCUGGGGAUACUGUCUACCCUUUGUUUACUGGGUAUGUUCUUGAUUCUGGGUUGGGGUCAAUUCCAUUUCUAUUUGAAAUUUAGUUUACUUCCUACUGACGGAAUUGAAAUUGAAUUGACCCGUCACACACACCAGUAAUGUAUUUUCAUGCAAUAAAUGUAUAUCAGAGGGUAUUACAUUGACGGUGAUGAUGACAACGAUGAUGAUGAUGGUGUGUGUCAGGGCCAUACGGUUUGGGAGAGGGAGGGCGCUGCCCGGCGGUGUCGCAGACGGAGCUUCAUGCCAGUGAGUUUCCUGGAGGACGACACAGUGGACUUCCCUGACGAGCUGGACACCUCCUUCUUUGCUAGGGUGAGUAACACUCACAUACACACAACCGUCCCAUCACACAUUCACCACACACACUCACACAGUUUCUCCUGGCCCUCUUCCUAUCUUUUCCUCCUCCUCCUCCUCCUCCUCCUCCUCCUCCUUCAUCUCCUCCUCCUUCAUCUCCUCUCCUCUCCUCUCCUCUCCUCUCCUCUCCUCUCCUCUCCUCUCCUCUCCUCUCCUCUCCUCUCCUCUCCUCUCCUCUCCUCUCCUCUCCUCUCCUCUCCUCUCCUCCUCCUCCUCCUCCUCCACCUCCUCUUCUCCUCCACCUCCUCCACCUCCUCCUCCUCCUCCUUCUCCUCUCCUCCAUGCAGGAUGGUCUGAGGAUAGGAGAUGAGGAGCUGUCUACUUAUGCAGACGAUGUCUUUGACUCUCCGUCUGAGGCCGCCAUUAAAGAGGAGGAGUCUAACACAGUUGCAGAUAAGAGUGACCUCACAGGUGGCACCCUGGACAAGAACGAACUGGAGAGGAGUCACCUGAUGCUGUAACUCACAGACAGACAGACACACAGACACACACACAGACACACAGACACACACACACAGACACACACACACACACACACAGACAGUAGACACACACACAGACACACACACAAACACACACACAGACAGACAUACACACAGACACACACACAAACACACACACAGACACGCAGACACACAGACACACAGACACAAACACAGACACACACACAAACAGACACACAAACAGACAGACAGACAGACACACAGACACACACACACACAGACACACACACAGACACAGACAGACACACACACACACAGACACAGACACACACACAGACACAGACAGACACACAGACAGACACACAGACAGACACAAGUUGCUGCUGCUACUGGACCCUGUUUUCACCUAACACACACCCUCUUCUGACCCUCUCUCUCUCUCUCUCUCCCUCUCCUCCGCUACCAUAUUGUUCUCUCUCUCUCUCUCCUCCUCCUCCCUCUACCUCUCAAUCGCUCCGCAGACCCCUAGAAAGAGGCUGGCGUAAGGGUAAAGAACCUGGGCCCUCUCUGGUCCAGCCCACGGUGCGUCUGCGGCAGGAGGUGGUGAGUGUGAGUAGACAGCGGCGAGGCCAGCGGAUCACGGUGCCCGUCAAGAAGCUCUUCGCCAGGGAGAAGAGGCCCUACGGCCUAGGCAUGGUGGGACGGCUCACCAACAGAACCUACCGCAAACGCAUCGACAGCUUCGUCCAGCAACAGAUAGAGGACAUGGCCGACCACAGGUACACUUUAUUGUCAAUGAGGAUUCUCAGAUUCUUGAAUUUCAAUUUCAAGUUCAGAAUUUGCUACAUUGCUAUGCAAUUGACUUCAACUCUGGCGUGGUCACAUAGUCGCACUUUAACAUGGUCACGUCUAACAUCUUAUGAUACUACAGGGGAAGAGCCCAGUCACAGCUGUAGUGUCUGAGUUGGCCCCAGAUAAGAUACAGCAUGAGUCAUCACAGGAUAGUGUAAACCAGUGGUUCCCAAACAUUACUGCACAAUGACUCACAUGAAAGCACCUUUUUUCUGUGACUGACCUGGCCUCUAGACACACCAGGACUGUGUGACUCAGUAACAGAUGGCCCACUCCCAAGUCCAUGUGGGAAACAAUGGUGUACACAGGUGUACACUACUAACUUUUCUCCUAGUGGCUGCAGCUGUUUUCAGUGGGAAGCCCACACUGACGUACUGAGAUACUGACAUACUGAGAUACUGAGAUACUGAAAUACUGAGAUACUGAGAUACUGACAUACUGAGAUACUGAGAUACUGACAUACUGAGAUACUGAGAUACUGAGAUACUGACAUACUGAGAUACUGACAUACUGAGAUACUGACAUACUGAGAUACUGAGAUACUGAGAUACUGACAUACUGAGAUUAUGAGAUACUGUUUCUAACAGAGGAGGCAAGCUGCUGUACUGUCUAGGAUACCGUAUUAAUAUUGUGUGUGUGUGUGUGUGUGUGUGUGUGUGUGUGUGUGUGUGUGUGUGUGUGUGUCCCUGCAGGCCUUUCUUCACGUACUGGAUCAUGUUUGUCCACCUGUUGAUCACCAUCCUGACUGUGUGUCUCUACGGCAUCGCCCCUGUGGGCUUCUCCCAGCACGAGACCGUCGACUCGGUCAGUACACUGAUUUUCUGCUGUAUUUUGUGUUCUAAAAGUUACAGUGACGGGUGUAUCAUCUUUGCUAUUUUUAUUUGUAUUUAUUUUGGAUCCCCAUUAGCUGUUGCCAAGGCAGCAGCUACUCUUCCUGGUGUCCAACAAAAUUAAGGCAGUUCAUACAAUUUUAAAAACAUUACAAUACUUUCACAGAUUUCACAACACACUGUGUGCCCUCAGGCCCCUACACCACUACCACAUAUCUACGGUACAAAAUCCAUGUGUACGUGUGUGUAUAGUGCAUAUGUUAUCGUGUGUGUGUAUGCAUGUGUCUGUGCCUAUGUUUGUGUUGCUUCACAGUCCCCGCUGUUCCAUAAGGUGUUUUUUAUCAGUUUUUUAAAUCUAAUUUUACUACUUGCAUCAGUUGCAUCGUCAAUUUCUCUCAGCCAAUCAUUUGUGUAAGUGCUGUGCUUGUUGAAUGUCCUUCUCUAUAAGGAUGCUGAAAGUGUGUUGUCAAUUUGUUUACUGUAAAAUAGCUGUGAUGGGUGAUUUGAAGGAGUCAGGCGCAGGAGGGUAAAUCACGGAAUACAGAGUUUCGCAGAAUUGCGUCAACAGUCCAGUGCGCAAAACAGGCGCACUGGAACCAAACAGGCACACGGGGAAAAUAUACCCCGGCAAUACAAAAUACACGAAGCUCAACCGAGCUACACUCUCCUCACACUAAUCAAUCACCCACAAGGACAAAGGGGCAGAGGGAACACUUAUACAAGUACUAUUGAGGGGAUAUGGUCCUCUGUAGCUCAGCUGGUAGAGCACGGUGCUUGUAACGCCAAGGUAGUGGGUUCGAUCCCCGGGACCACCCAUACACAAAAAUGUAUGCACGCAUGACUGUAAGUCGCUUUGGAUAAAAGCGUCUGCUAAAUGUCAUAUUAUUUAUUAUUAUUAUAUGAACCAGGUGUGUGUAAUAGACAAGACAAAACAAAUGGAAUGAUGAGAUGAGGAGUGGCAGUGGCUAGAAGGCCGGUGACGACAAACGGCGAAGCCUGCCCAAACCAGGAGAGGAGGCAGCUUCGGAGGAAGUCGUGACAGUACCCCCCCAUUGACGCGCAGCUCCAGCAGCGCGCCGACACCGGCCUCGGGGACAGGCAGGAGGAGGCAGAGCAGGGCGAGCCGGAUGGCGACUGUGGAAAUCCCUCACCGGGACCCAGCACCGCUCCUCCGGACCGUACCCCUCCCACACCACGAGGUACUGAAUGCCCCCCACCCGUGCCUCGAAUCCAGGAUGGAACAGAUGGAGUAUGCCGGGGCCCCAUCAAUGUCCAGAGGAGGCGGAGGGACCUCCUACACCUCAGACUCCUGGAGCGGACCAGCCACCACCGGCCUGAGGAGAGACACAUGGAACGAGGAGUUAAUACGAUAAUCAUGUGGGAGUAAUAACCUAUAGGUAACCUCGUUUAUCCUCCUCAGGACUUUGAACGGCCCCACAAACCGCAGGCUCAGCUUCUGGCAGGGCAGGCGGAGGUGCAGAUUCUGGGUUGAGAGCCAGACCCGAUCACCCGGUAUGAAGACCGGGGCCUCACUGCGGUGGCGGUCAGCAUUGGCCUUCUGACAAUGCACGGCGCGUUGGAGGUGGACGUGAGCAGCAUUCCAAGUCUCCUCCACGGGCCGAAACCAGUCAUCCACUGCAGGAGCCUCGGUCUGGCUCUGGUGCCACGGUGCCAGAACCGGUUGGUAACCUAAAACACAUUGGAAUGGUGUUUGGUUAGUGGAAGAGUGACGGAGAGAGUUCUGGGCAUAUUCGAACACCGACCACUCACCCGGCCGGUCCUGGCAGUAGGACUGCAGGAAUCUACCCACAUCCUGAUUUACCCGUUCCACCUGCCCAUUAGACUCGGGGUGACCGAGACCCCCAGACGUUCCAUGAACGCCUUCCAGACCUUGGAUGUGAACUGGGGACCCUGGUCAGACACUAUGUCCUCUGGUACCCCGUAGUGCCGGAAGACGUGUGUAAACAGGGCCUCCGCAGUCUGCAGGACCGUGGGGAGACCGGGCAGAGGAAUGAGGCAGCAGGCUUAGGAAAAGCGGUCCACAACGACCAGGAUGGUGGUGUUUACCUUGAGAGAGGGGAAGAUCAGUAAGGAAAUCAAUACUCAGGUGAGACCAUGGCCGUUGUGGAACUGGUAAAGGCUGUAACUUACCCGCUGGGAGGUGCUUAGGUGCCUUACUCUGGGCGCACACUGAGCAGGAGGAGACAUACACCCUCACGUCCUUAGCCAAGGUUGGCCACCAGUACUUUCCGGUCAGGCAGCGCACUGUAAGGCCGAUACCUGGGUGAAAAGAGGAGGGGGACGUGUGUGCCCAGUAGACGGUCACGGACAAGAGCAGGCACGUACUGCAGCCCAGCUGGACACUGAGGUGGAGAUGGCUCUGUGCGUAACGCCUGCUCUAUAUCCGCGUCCAUCGCCCAUACUACUGGCGCCACAAUGCAGGAGGCCGGGAGUAUGGGGGUGUUGUCUCUGGGCCUCUCCUCUGUGUCGUACAGCCGUGACAGUGCAUCUGCCUUCAUGUUCUUCGUACCCGGGAUGUAUGAUAGAGUAAAAUCAAACCGAGUGAAGAACAGGGCCCACCUGGUCUGGCGAGGGUUCAGCCUCCUCACUGCCCCGAUGUACUCUAGGUUACUGUGGUCCAUCCAGACGAGGAAAUGGUGUUUCGCCCCUUCGAGCCAGUGCCUCCACACGGUCAGGGCUCGGACAACAGCCAACAGCUCCCGAUCACCAACGUCGUAGUUCUGCUUCGCCGGGUUGAGCUUCUUGGAGAAGAAGGCACAGGGGCGGAGCUUGGGUGGCAUGCCCGAGCGUUGAGAUAGGACCGCGCCUAUCCCUACCUCGGUCGCAUCCACCUCCACUACGAAUGGUAGUGAUGGAUCGUGGUGGGCCAGUACCGGGGCAGAGGUGAACAGACCCCUCAGGUUGCUAAAGGCCCUGUCAGCCUCACCAGACCAGCGGAGCCGGGAUGGCCCACCCUUCAACAGAGAUGUGAUGGGAGCUGUGACCUUGCCAAAGCCCCGGAUAAACCUCCGAUAGUAGUUGGCAAAGCCAAUAAACGGAGUACUUUGCGAACCAGGGACACAUGCUCGGCGCACGUAGAGGAAUACACCAGAAUGUCAUCGAUGUAGACCACUACACCGCGACCAAGCAUGUCCCGAAACACCUCGUUUACAAAGGACUGGAAGACGGAUGAAGCGUUCAUCAAACCGUAAGGCAUCACCAGGUAUUCAUAAUGCCCUGUGGUUGUGCUGAAUGCUGUCUUCCACUCGUCCCCCUCUCGGACACGCACCAGGUUGUACGCACUCCGGAGAUCUAAUUUUGUGAAGAAGCGCACCCCAUGCAUUGACUCGAUCACCGAAGGAAUGAGGGGGAGAGGAUAACUAAAUCGUAUCGUCCCCUUGUUCAGUGAUCGGUAAUCAAUGCAAGGGUGCAGACCGCUGUCUUUCUUCUUCACAAAAAAAUUAACUUGAGGAGGCGGGCGAAGUAGAGGGACGUAUAAACCCCUGGCGUUUAGAGGGACUCGGUGACGUAUGUCUCCAUAGCCUCCGUUUCAGCCUGUGACAGGGGAUACAUAUGACUCCUGGGAGGCACAGCGUCUACCCGGAGGUUUAUCGCGCAAUCCCCCGCCCGAUGAGGUGGUAACUUGGUCGCCUGCGUUUUGGAAAACGCGUGCGCCAAAUCGAGGUAUUCGGGGGGAAUGCGCACAGUGGAGGUACUGUCUGGACUUUCCACUAUGGUUGCACCAACGGAAACACAGAGACACCUACCCUGACACUCUCGCGACCACCCCGUGAGAACCCUCUGCGGCCAUGAAAAUGUGGGGUUGUGGAGUGCUAACCAAGGAAUACCUAACACAACAGGGAAAGCAGGAGACUCAAUAAUAUAAAAAAAGUGACUUGCUCGCGAUGAGUCUCGUGGGUAACAAUAGUGACUGUUGCUGUAACCUCCCUAACGAACCCGGACCCUAAUGGUCGACUGUCAAGUGCUCUGAUGGGGAGUGGAAUGGAUAGGGGAACCAAUGUAAUGCCUAGACUGUGUGAAAAUGACCUGUUCAUAAAGUUCCCAGCUGCGCCUGAAUCGACCAGAGCCUUACACUGGGGAACUACAAUGUAAUCAGGAAAGUGGAUGGGUAGGGUACAGUGCGCAGCAGAGGGCUCUGAACGAGUGUGGGUGUACAAUACCUGGGGUGACGCGAGAGUGCCCUGCCUGCCGCCUCCAGACCCAAAAGAAUGCUGACGACAUCGUGCAGUGAAAUGUCCUCUCGUGCCACCAGAGUGACACUGGCGCUGUCGUCCUCUGCUCUCCCGAAUCGCCGCUCCAUCAGCUCGUGAUCCGAGUCGGGCAGGGUUGGAACGGGCAGGCCCCUCCAGGACGUCCUCUGGCCACCAGCAGGUUGUCCAACCAGAUGGCCAUGUCCACCAGUUGAGUGAAGGACUCUCCUCUACAACAUUCGGAGAGUGCGACCCUGCCUUACACAGGAAGCGGCGCAGGUCCUGGUCCAGGCACUUGUCAUCUCCCGUCUGGACUACUGCAACUCGCUGUUGGCUGGGCUCCCUGCCUGUGCCAUUAAACCCCUACAACUCAUCCAGAAUGCCGCAGCCCGUCUGGUGUUCAACCUUCCCAAGUUCUCUCACGUCACCCCCCUCCUCCGCACACUCCACUGGCUUCCAGUUGAAGCUCGCAUCCGCUACAAGACCAUGGUGCUUGCCUAUGGAGCAGUGAGGGGAACGGCACCUCUGUACCUUCAGGCUCUGAUCAGUCCCUACACCCAAACGAGGACAUUGCGUUCAUCCACCUCUGGCCUGCUGGCUCCCCUUCCUCUGCGGAAGCAUAGCUCCCGCUCAGCCCAGUCAAAACUGUUCGCUGCUCUGGCACCCCAAUGGUGGAACAAGCUCCCUCACGACGCCAGGACAGCGGAGUCACUCACCGCCUUCCGGAGACAUUUGAAACCCCACCUCUUUAAGGAAUACCUGGGAUAGGAUAAAGUAUUCCUUCUAACCCCCCCCCCCCCCCCCCAAAUUGUAAAGUGGUUAUCCCACUGGCUAUAGGGUGAACGCACCAAUUUGUGAGUCGCUCUGGCUAAGAGCGUCUGCUAAAUGACGUUAAUGUGCCCUUGAGCAAGGCACUUAACCCUAAUUGCUCCUGUAAGUCGCUCUGGUUAAGAGCGUCUGCUAAAUGACUAAAAUGUAAAUGUAAAUGUAAGGACAACAUGGUGUCCCGGCAGGCUAGCUCCCUUCGGACGUCUUCCUGCAGAUGGCACCGGAAGUGGUCGAUGAGGGCCCACUCGUUCCACCCGGACCCAGCUGCUAGAGUCCGGAACUCCAGGGCGAACUCCAGGGUCCUCGUCCCCUGCUUCAGGUGGACCAGCCGCUCGCCCGCCUCUCGACCCUCGGGCGGGUGAUCGAAGACAGCCCGAAAGAGACGAGCGAACUCCCCGUAGUUGUCCAACGCAGCUCCUCCUUCAUUCCAGACCCCGUUGGCCCACUCCAGGGCUUUCCCCGAGAAGCAGGAGACGAGGGCGGACACCUUCUCCCGCUCCGAUGGGGCCGGGCUGAUACUGGAAUAGUAGAGCUCCAGUUGGAGGAGGAAUCCCUGGCAGAGAGCAGCUGUCCCGUCGAAAUCCCGUGGUCGUAUAUAUGGAUCCCUCUGGUUGCUGGGGUGUGUGUGGCUGGAUCUGGUCGCCCAGCUGGUCCCGAUAGAUCGGGUCCUCUCCUCUCCAGGGGUUGGACGACCUGGAGAACCCGAUCCAUCGCUUCUCCCAAGCUGGCUAGUAUCAUCGAAUGCUCCUGGACCCGUGCACGACUCCAGGCAUGCGCUCCUUUCCUGUUGACUCCAUUACGGGUGGGUGAUUCUGUGAUGGGUGAUUUGAAGGAGUCAGGCACAGGAGGGUAAAUCACAGAAUACAGAGUUUAUUCCGGAAUACAGAGUUACGCAGAAUUGCGUCAAACAGUCCAGUGUGCAAAACAGGCGCUCUGGAACCAAACAGGCACACAGGGAAAAUAUACCCCGGCAAUACAAAAUACAUGGAGCUCAACCGAGCUACACUCUCCUAAGCAAUCACCCACAAGGACAAGGGGGCAGAGGGAACACUUAUACAUGUACUAAUGAGGGGAUAUAAAACAGGUGUGUGUAAUAGACAAGACAAAACAAAUGGAAUGAUGAGAUGAGGAGCACCAGUGGCUAGAAGGCCGGUGAUGACGAACGCCGAAGCCUGCCCGAACCAGGAGAGGAGGCAGCUUCAGAGGAAGUCGUUUUCCAAUAGUUUACUAAGGGUUGGUAACAGGCUAAUUGGUCGGCUAUUCGAGCCAGUAAAUGGGGCUUUACUAUUUUUAGGUAGCGGAAUGACUUUUGCUUCCCACCAAGCCUGGGGGCACACACAUUCUAGUAGCCUUAAAUUGAAAAUAUGGCUAAUAGGAGUGGCAAUAUUGUCCGCUAUUAUCCACAGUAAUUUUCCAUCCAAGUUGUUAGACCCCGGUGGCUUGUCAUUGUUGAUAGACAACAAUACUUUUUCAACCUCUUCCACACUCACUUUACGGAAUACAAAAUUACAAUGCUUGUCUUUCAUAAUUUGGUCAGAUAUACUUGGAUGUGUAGUGUCAGCAAUUGUUGCUGGCAUGUCAUGCCUAAGUUUGCUAAUCUUCCCAAUGAUAAAAUCAUUAAAGUAGUUGGCAAUAUCAGUUGGUUUUGUGAUGAAUGAGCCAUCUGAUUCAAUGAAUGAUGGAGCUGAGAAUUCCUUUUUUCCAAAAUGUCAUUUAAGGUGCUCCAAAGCUAUGAAGGUUGUGCCUUAUGUGAUAAGUGAUCCAUUGAAUCAAUGUGUUAUGUCUUUGCAUUUUACUUUGUAAAACCUUUGGCUUUUCCACUCUCUCUCUUUAGGUUUUGAGAAAUAAAGGUGUUUAUGAAAAUGUCAAGCUUGUGCAACAAGAAAACUUUUGGGUGGGACCAAAUUCGGUAAGUGUAGAUUUUUUAGGCUAAUGGACUAAUUUGAUCAUUUAAACCUCAAUGUCAGCUGUGAGACCUUGUCUUUGUUCUGACUGCACAUCCUCCCCCUGGCCUGCAGGAGGCGCUGAUCCAUCUGGGGGCUAAGUUCUCCCCUUGCAUGCGUCAGGACCAACAGGUCCAUGACCUGAUCCAGGAGAAGAGAGGAAGAGAGAGGGAGUCAGCCUGCUGUGUGAGGAACGACCGCUCCGGCUGUCUCCAGACCUCACAGGAGGAGUGCUCUGUGAGUUACCCUGGUGUUACACUAAUGUUAGUCAUGUAAUGGUUAAUGUCCUACGAGAUCUGAUAUCUCUCUCUCUCUCUCUCUCUCUCUCUCUCUCUCUCCUCUCUAACCACUUAUAUAUAUAAUAUGUUAGAUAUAGCUAUGUAAUCUUAAUAUAUUAGGCGAUAUAUGAUCCUAUAUUGAUAUAUUAUAGUCUAGAUAUCUCUCUCUCUAUUCGCUCUAUAGAUACUAUCUCUCUAUAAAAGUAUAGAAUAUUAUAAUAUAAUCAUCUUAGCCACUAUCUAUCGCAUAUCUCUGUCAUCUCUGUCGCUCUCUCGACUCUCUUCCUCAUCUCUCUCCUCUCUUCUCUCGCUCUUUAAUCUCUGCUACAUACGACUUCUUCUUCCUCUAUCUUCUUCUCUCGCCUCUUGCCUUCUAUCUCUCUCUCUGUCUCUUGUCACAUCUCCGCUCUCUCUCUACUAUUAUAUCCUCUCUCUCUAUAUCCUGUUCUCUACUCUCUCUCUCCUUCUCUCUCUUCUCUCUUCUUCCUUGCACUAUCUCUCUCUCUCGUCAGUCACUCUCUUGCACGCUCUCUCGUUCUCUCAUCGUCUCUCUCUCCUCUUCUCUCGCUCUCUCUAACUCUCUCGCCCUCUCGCACUAUCUCUUCUCGCACUCGUCGUCUUCGUUCUCUCCCUCUUGCCUUCUCUCUCUGCUCUGUGUCUCUCUGGUCACUUUCGUCUCUCUACCUCUCUCUCUUCCUCUCUCACCCUCUCGCCUUCUCUCUCACCUCUCUCUCUCACCUCUCUCUCUCUCUCUCUGUCGCUCUCUCGCUCUCUCGCUCUCUCUCUCUCUCCUCUCUCUCUCUGUCGCUCUCUCGCACUCUCUCUCUCUCUCUCCUCUCUCUCGCUCUCUCUCUCUCUCUCUCUCUCUCUCUCUCUCUCUCUCUCUCUCUCUCUCUCUCUCUCUCUCUCUCUCUCUCUCUCUCUCUCUCUCUCUCUCUCUCUUUCUUUCUCUCUCUCCAGUCUACUCUAGCAGGGUGGGUGAAGUGGCCUUAUCACCCCAGUGCUCCUCUACUGGAGGGGAAGGUCCGUCAGCAUGGCUCAGUCUGCCACCAGGACCCCAGGUAAUACACUGCUUCUCUCUGUUCCUCUCUUCUUCUAUACAGUGCCUUGCAAAAGUAUUCAUCCCCCUUAGCUUUUUUCCUAUUUUGUUGCAUUACAACCUGUAAUUUAAAUGGAUUUUUAUUUGGAUUUCAUUUAAUGGACAUACACAAAAUAGUCCAAAUUGGUGAAGUUAAAUGAAAAAAAUAGUCCCAGAGUCUGCAACACCACUAAGCAAGGGGCACCACCAAGCAAGUGGCACCAUGAAGACCAAGGAGCUCUCCAAACAGGUCAGGGACAAAGUUGUGGAGAAGUACAGAUCAGGGUUGGGUUAUAAAAAAAUAUCAGAAACUUUGAACAUCCCACGGAGCACCAUUAAAUCCAUUAUUUAAAAAAUUGAAAGAAUAUGGCACCACAACAAACCUGCCAAGAGUGGGCCACCCACCAGGCAAGGAGGGCAUUAAUCAGACAGGCAACAAAGAGACCAAAGAUAACCCUGAAGGAGCUGCAAAAGGCAUGUGGGAGACUCCCCAAACAUAUGGAAGAAGGUACUCUGGUCAGAUGAGACUAAAAUUGAGCUUUUUGGCCAUCAAGGAAAACGCUAUGUCUGCCGCAAACCCAACACCUCUCAUCAACCCGAGAACACCAUCCCCACAGUGAAGUAUGGUGGUAGCAGCAUCAUGCUGUGGGGAUGUUUUUCAUCGGCAGGGAGUGGGAAACUGGUCAAAAUUGAAGGAAUGAUGGAUGGCGCUAAAUACAGGGAAAUUCUUGAGGGAAGCCUGUUUCAUUCUUACAGAGAUUUGAGAUGGGACGGAGUUUCACCUUCCAGCAGGACAAUGACCCUAAGCAUACUGCUGAAGCAACACUCGAGUGGUUUAAGGGGAAACAUUUAAAUGUCUUGGAAUGGCCUAGUCAAAGCCCAGACCUCAAUCCAAUUGAGAAUCUGUGGUAUGACUUAAAGAUUGCUGUACACAAGUGGAACCCAUUCAAAUUGAAGGAGCUGGAGCAGUUUUGCCUUGAAGAAUGGGCAAAUAUCCCAGUGGCUAGAUGUGCCAAGCUUAUAGAGACAUACCCCAAGAGACUUGCAGCUGUAAUUGUUGCAAAAGGUGGCUCUACAAAGUAUUGACUUUGGGGGGGUGAACUUUCCCCCUUCUGAUAACCAGGUGGCGAAUCGCAUCUCUGCAUGUCUGGCAGACAUAUCAGUGUGGAUGUCGGAUCACCACCUCAAGCUGAACCUCGGCAAGACGGAGCUGCUCUUCCUCCCGGGGAAGGACUGCCCGCUCCAUGAUCUCGCCAUCACGGUUGACAACUCCAUUGUGUCCUCCUCCCAGAGUGCAAAGAACCUUGGCGUGACCCUGGACAACACCCUGUCGUUCUCCGCUAACAUCAAAGCGGUGACCCGAUCCUGCAGGUUCAUGUGGUCCUCUGUAGCUCAAUUGGUAGAGCACGGUGCUUGUAACGCCAGGGUAGUGGGUUCGAUCCCCGGGACCACCCAUACGUAAAAAUGUAUGCGCACAUGACUGUAAGUCGCUUUGGAUAAAAGCGUCUGCUAAAUGGCAUAUUAUUAUGCUCUACAAUAUUCGCAGAGUACGACCCUACCUUACACAGAAAGCAGCACAGGUCCUAAUCCAGGCACUUGUCAUCUCCUGUCUGGAUUACUGCAACUUUCUGUUGGCUGGGCUCCCUGCCUGUGCCAUUAAACCCCUACAACUUAUCCAGAACGCUGCAGCCCAUCUGGUGUUCAACCUUCCCAAGUUCUCUCAUGUCACCCCACUCCUCUGCACACUCCACUGGCUUCCACUUGAAGCUUGCAUCUACUACAAAACCAUGGUGCUUGCCUACGGAGCUGUGAGGGGAACGGCACCUCCUUACCUUCAGGCUCUGAUCAGACCCUACACCCAAACGAGGGCACUACGUUCAUCCACCUCUGGCCUGCUAGCCCCCCUACCUCUACGGAAGCACAGUUCCCGCUCAGCCCAGUCAAAGCUAUUCGCUGCUCUGGCACCCCAAUGGUGGAACAAGCUCCCCCACGACGCCAGGACAGCGGAGUCACUGACCACCUUCCGGAGACACUUGAAACCCUACCUCUUUAAGGAAUACCUGGAAUAGUCUAACAGUAAUCCUUCUACACUCCCCCUCCCCCAGUGGUGGUUGUCCCACUAGCAAUCCUAAAUUGAAUGCACCAAUUUGUAAGUCGCUCUGGAUAAGAGCGUCUGAUAAAUGACUUAAAUGUAAAUGUAGUUAUGCACGCUCAAGUUUUUUGUUUUUCGUCUUAUUUCUUGUUUGUUUCACCCAAAAAAAUAUUUUGCAUCUUAAAAGUGGUAGGCAUGUUGUGUAAAUCAAAUGAUACAAACCCCCCCAAAAAUCACUUUAAUUCUAGGUUGUAAGGCAACAAAAUAGGAAAAAUGCCAAGGUGGGUGAAUACUUUCGCAAGCCACUGUAUAUCCUCUUUCCUCUGUUCCGCUCCUUCCAGGAUCUGCCUGGAGCCAGCCUCUGUAUCACCUCACAAGUGGCCUGAUGACAUCACCAAGUGGCCAGUGUGUACCAGGUACAACCCAGGCAACCACACUAACCUCCCCCACGUAGACUGUGCAAUCACCGGACGGCCCUGCUGCAUCGGGACCAAAGGGAGGUAAUGACGCUCUGUUUGUUCAGUCCCCUCAGUCUCUGCAGCUAUACGUUGUUGCUGAGAUGAUGUUGUGAUGUAAUCCUGUGGGUUGUGUGUGCAGUAUGCUAUAAGUUGUUCAUGUUGUAACAACGUUGUGUGUUUUUUGUAAUAAUGUAAUGUCUUGUGUGUUCAGGUGUGAGAUCACGUCCAGAGAGUACUGUGACUUUAUGAAGGGCUACUUCCACGAGGAGGCUACCCUCUGCUCCCAGGUGGCCUGUCUGAAUGAUGUGUGUGGCCUGCUGCCUUUCCUCAACCCUGAGAUCCCAGACCAGUUCUACAGACUCUGGCUCUCUCUAUUCCUCCAUGCUGGGUGAGACUGGAACAGAUUCACAGAAUCACAGUGUCUCAGGUCCCUCAUGGUGUUGUGUCUCUAUCAGGGUAAUGUAUAAUGUGUAACGUGUUUGUGUGUGUGUGUGUGUGUGUGUGUGUGUGUGUGUGUGUGUGUGUGUGUGUGUGUGUGUGUGUGUGUGUGUGUGUGUAGGAUCCUGCACUGCCUGGUGUCGGUGCUGUUCCAGAUGACCAUUCUGAGGGAUUUAGAGAAGCUGGCCGGCUGGCUGAGGAUCUCUAUCAUCUACAUCGUCUCUGGAAUCACUGGAAACCUGGCCAGCGCCAUCUUCAUCCCCUACAGAGCUGAGGUAAAUACUGUAGAGACACUGUACCAUAGAAAUCUGCCCUACAGAGCUGAGGUAAAUACUGUAGAUACACUGUACCGUAGAUACCUGCCCUUCAGAGCUGAG